AUGACUGGAAAGCUAAGCCAGCAGGUGCAAGACUUGUUGUCGAAGCUGGUCACAGCAGCAGACCAGAGGGGCCCACAGGCAGCGGCGUCAUUCGCAGCCUUGUUCGCAGCAGAUGCUCAAUUCAUCGGCGGCGGACACGCUUUGCACGGCAGGGAAGAGAUUCAAGCUUCGCGCGAGAAGACAUGGAAUGGGGUCAAGUCACGCGAGCACACCAUUCGAGGUCUAUAUCAAAGCACCGAGAAUCCAGAACAAUUCGCAUUCCUAGGAUCCCUCGUUGUUCAUCGCGCAGAUGCCGAAGACGCAGUAUCCAUGCGCAUCUGCGCAAACUUCGACGUGAAGCAGAAUUCUGGUACGCUCGAGAUUACGAGAUAUGAAGCUUUCGCAGAACCACCAUCCACCGCGAAAUGA